GGGCGGCGAUGGGGCGGAGGGAGUGAGCGAGCGGGAGACGGGGAGCGAAGGCGGCCCGUGCCGUGGUUGUGCCCGUGUCCGUCCUGUGCCCGGCGCCGUGCCUCGCCGCGGGGAGGGAGCGACGCGAUGAUGCCGGGGCGGCGGCUGUGAGCGGCGGCCGCGAUGGGCUGCGGGGGCAGCCGCGCCGACGCCAUCGAGCCUCGCUACUACGAGAGCUGGACGCGGGAGACCGAGUCCACCUGGCUGACCAACACCGACUCCGAGAGCCCGCAGGAGCCCGGCGGCGCCGAGCCCGGCAGCAGGGAGCUGGGCGCGGGGCGAGCCGGUAUUCUAGAGGAUGGCAAAUCAACUCAGACAGGAGGAACCGCAACACCAGCCACCACAGGUAUUCUGAGCACUGAGAAGAGGACCAUCAGUGGGGCCCAGUGUGUGAACGCCGCUGGGGCUGGGCCACCACGGCAGAGCAGCUUCCGAGCAGCAGAGAGUAAAUGGGACACACAGAAAAUGUCAACGAAAGAAGUCACCAUUAAUGUCUCAAAAACCAUCAGACCCAGCGACAGAAGGAUAACAAAGAAUUGUGUCAAUUAACAAAGGAACGCGAGAGUGAGGAUGGACCUAAGAAUCCUUUGCUGCACUUUACACGUGGUCAGUCACUGAUGAUUUGAAGAUCUCCAGAUGUACUGUGUUGGAUACAGCAGGCAGCAGCUGCUGAGUGCCUUCAGAAUCAUGUUUUGUAGAAAACAGCUGCAGACACUGCGGGGUGUUCAGAUGGCAUUUGUCUGCAGCGGUGGCACCAUGCAGACAAACACCGACAUUUGUGCCGUUUGUUCUUUAUUAAGCGCUAUGUGGUCUACUCGUGUGUUCUGUUCUGCACUGUUAGUAGGUUGAGACCGGAGGAUAAUGAGUAUUGCUCAUCCCAAUUUAAAACAGCAAAUGAAGAAAAUGAACCUGCGUUUUUAGACAUGAUGUGUUGAGUGUGCACAUUCAGAUCUACAGAAUCUACAGUCGAUUUGAAUGUUUAAAGAGCUCACUCUCACCAAGCUCAGACCCAGAUAUCUUGGAGACAGCAAGAUAGGUGGCUUCCAUGAAAUACAUUUUAAACUAUAUGUAUCACUUCAAUAUAGUGAGUCACAUAAUACCCUUUUUAUAUAUUAAUAUUACUUAAUUUAAAUUUAUUUUAUAUGUGGACAAAUUUGAGGUCCUAAAAAUGGUAAGUUUCAUAUUGACCUCCCUUGAAGUUCCUAGUUGUAGCUGACAGAUAAAGUUCUGUCUGUUUUGGGUUUUUAGACACACCCCUUUACUUAUGUGGAGACGCAGACUUCACAAGACACUGGAAAAUAGUGAUCACCAACUUUACAUGAAAAUAACCUUAACUGCUAAAAUAAUGUUCCAUCAAUAACAGCUCAGAAGUAUUAACCCUGUUUGAUCAGUAGUAAUAGAUUUGGUGCGAAGAAUGUAUUUAAUUGCCCAGUAUGCAUCCUGAAUCACACAACUCCAUGUUUAUCAAAAAUAUGCGGCUAAAAGGAAUAUAAAUUUUCAAUGUAGUGAAGACCAGGAAUUAAUUCAACAUAUUUCUAAAUAUAGAAAUAAUGGUAUAUAUUCUCUGUAAGUUUGUUCUUUUGUGAAGAUAGAAGAGGUAAAUUUAUUUGACUCCCCCAUCGAACACAUAUGGAUCUCCUUAGAGGGCCAUUUGAAACAGGUAUUUACAAAUUGUUCACAACAAAUAGGUGACAUUGGAAAGAAAAUCCGUGUACAAACUGCAGUAAGACCCAUUUGCACUUGGGAAAAUUAUUGUAAAUAGAAUUGUGGAACCAAAUACUAAUUUAUUCCACGUUUGGACCACUUUAAUAACUUGCUGCAAUGUUUAUGAUUACUUAAUUUCUUUGGAAAACAAGCCUAUGCAAUAGGGAAUUGUUUGUUGAUUAUUCUGACACAAAGGCAAGGCAAAAUCCGGAGCCAGUAAGAGAUUUUUGCAUAUAAUAGAGGAUGUAUUUAUAAGAAAUAUUUAUUUUUAGUUGUCCUAAAAAUGGGGGGAAAACCUGUGCUGAACCUCCUGCAGUCAUCAUGCUAUCUGGAAAGUGAUCUUUUGCUGGGUUUUUACAUAAGAGAAUGAAAAAGUACUGAAAACAGUGUUAUACAAGUAAACCAAGUGCUGUGUGCAUGUA